CUACUCUUUAGGUUAUUAAAAUAUUUAACACGUUUUGAAAAUAAGGAGAUAUUUUAUUAAUAGGAGAAUAUGUUAAUAAAUCAAGAUUCACAGUGUAUCGAUACCGCAUCAUCGGAAAUUCAGAUGUUUCCAGAAUUUGAGGAUAACAAUUAUUCACUUCUACCAGACGAUCUGUUUCAAAGUUUGAGUUCAGAAUUAGGCAUACCUCUUCUCUUGGAAAAUGAAAUAUCUUCAAAGAUGGAUGAUAGUAUCAAUAAUCAGAUUAUGAAUGACAUUUCUUUAGGUGAAUCUGUUACUAGCUUCAAAGAUUUCAAUACAAACACGCUACUACAAAACUCAGAUUCGAUUAACGACGCGGAGAUAGAAAUUAAAUUGGAACCUAUGAGCCCUUACGUACAAUUACCUUUGUCACCUAUACCCAAUCAGUUAGAAUCCAACAAAUUAGAUGCACAAAUAGAAAACAGUUUUGUUACUUCGUCGUAUGAUCUUAAGCCAACUUUAGAAACACCGCCUAUUUCACCUCCGCAAAAUGUUUCCCCAUGCAAGUCUCCAGAACACAUAUGGAAUGAAACGACGGUCAAAAAAAAAAUAACUCUUAAACCAUUUAAGUCACAAGACGCGAAGCAAGCAAAGUUUGUUCUCUCCAAAGUAAAUUCUGCUAAACGUGUUCGAGUUCAACCAAAAAAUAAUAUACAAUUUACAGCCGAUGAACAGCCACAAGGUACUAUAAUUUUGAACACCAAAAAUUUUGCCACUUUGGCCCAAAAAGCUAAACAAAAUUGUAUGUCAUAUCCUUUUAUAGCUCAUUUAUUACCAACCGAAGGAGAUGAAAAGAUUCAAACUUCUAUACAAUUUCCAUCGAUGCAAAUAGGAACGGAAGCAGAAACAGUUCAAAUACAGCAGAAGAAUCAUAUAAAAGUAAUUGAUAAUGUUUCUAAAUUGUAUGCACCUGUGAAAGAAUCAACUAUCGAUACAUCUUUGAUCCUUAAUAACGAAAUGGCAAGAUGCACUUCUGUGGUUGUAAAAAAUGAUUCAUCCGGGUGUAGACCUAUAGUAAUUAAAACUGAAAAUUCAAAUUAUACUCCUAUCAUUAUAAAAAGUGAAAUUCAAGAUGUUAAUUUUGCUGGACGGCAAGAAUGUGAAAUAAAAGCAUUAAAAAGACAGCAAAGAAUGAUAAAAAAUAGAGAAUCAGCUUGUUUGUCACGGAAAAAGAAGAAGGAAUAUGUAUCUUCGUUGGAAAAACAAAUUUGUGCUUUGCAACAAGAAAAUAAAAAAUUAAAAAUGGAAAAUACAAACUUAAAACAAAAACUCUCGACAUUAGAAGAUAUAAGUGCUAGCGGUAAAUUUAAAAACAUGAAUCACAAUGUAAAUAAAAAGAAUGUUGCUAUUCUUUUAGGAAUGGUUUUUAUGAUAUCUUUGAACGUUAACGGUUUUAGAGAUUUACUCUCACAAAGUAAUCGAUUGAACACAUUACCAGCUGAUGUACCUAUUAACACGCAAUAUGUUAGACACGGAAGAACCUUACUGUGGACACCUAGAGAUACAAUUCAAGAAAAAGAUGAAAAUAAUUUUCGUAAGAACACGUCGAUGCCACAACCCAUGUGUCCGAUGCAUAUUAAUCAAAGCGAAUCAAUUCGUUUAGACUAUGAGUUAAGACGCUGGAUCGGUGCAAAAUCUGAUAAAGAUAAUCGGAGUAUGUCGAAAAAAGCAAAAUUAGAUGCAAAACUAUUGGGGGAAUUUCUGUCGUCUCCUCGUACCAUGCAAACAGAUAUUAAACAUAAACGGAAUUUGCCUCAUAGAAGAAAAUCUGAAAUAGUUAAAAAAAAAUCCGAUCUACCUAUAUCAAAUGCGGUGGAAGUGUUUUCUCCUAUAAUAAAAGAGCACGCUUCUUUGUUUGAAGCUCUAGGAAGAAGAGACGAUACCUUUUACGUAGUUUGGUUUAGCGGAGAACAUUUACUUUUGCCAGCUUCGAGCAAAAAUAGUACAGGAAGACCAAGAAUGUCGUUGGUCCUUCCUGCUCUUCCUAUGAAUGAAACAUUUUCAACGCCUGCUAAUGAUAUAACAAUGAUGCAGAUCGAUUGCGAGGUUACUAACACACAAUUGCUGCAUCUACAACAAUCCAUCAUACCUACUCACUUAAAAAAUAAUAGAUCUAGGAAUCAUGUGCGUCAAACCGAGACAGCAGACGACGUAUCGAAUACCGUAGCAGCCGAAACAACUAAAACAUACAAACCGUAUUUUAUUAAAGAAACUAAUCGUAAAACUUAUCAUGAACGAAAUUCACGAGAUACGUAUGUGGAUAAAAGCAGUAGAAAUUAUAUCGAAACGACCGCGUAUAUAUUUAAAUAGGAAUAUUACUUUUAAGUUUGAUUUAAAAAGAAAACACAAACGUAUAAAAAAUGCACACGCAGCAUAUACACAUUUAAUACGACUUAGAUAUGUAUACAUAUAAAUCGACGUAAAUGUACUAUACAUAGAAGUUUCGACACUCUCGAAAGAUUUUCAACUCUUUAAUAAUAAAAGAUAAUUAUUAAAAUA